UUGGAGCGUAGUGUGGUUUCCUUCAGCCAUGGUCGCAGCCGCCACCUCGUGAGAUCCUCCCGAAACCCUAGCCGCCGCGCCCAAUGGCGUUCGCGCCGCGGCUCCUGCUGCCGCCACGGCCCCCCUUGCCCGCCCCACCGGCGCGGGCCUCCGCGCGCCACAGCGGCGGCGUGGGGCGCACGGCGCCGGAGCUUUCGGGCCCGACGCCGCGGGUGGUGGUGGUGACCUCGGGCAAGGGCGGCGUGGGGAAGACCACCACCACGGCCAACCUCGCGGCUUCGCUUGCCCGGCUCGGGCUCCCCGUGGUGGCCGUGGACGCCGACGCGGGCCUCCGGAACCUCGACCUGCUGCUGGGGCUGGAGAACCGGGUGAACCUGACCGCCGCCGACGUGCUCGCCGGGGACUGCCGCCUCGACCAGGCCCUCGUCCGCCACCGCUCCCUCCGGGGCCUCCACCUGCUCUGCCUCUCCAAGCCCCGCUCCAAGCUGCCCCUCGCCUUCGGCUCCAAGAUCCUCACCUGGGUCGCCGACGCCCUCCGCCGCGGCGCCGACCCGCCCGCCUUCAUCCUCAUCGACUGCCCCGCAGGUGUUGAUGCCGGGUUCGUCACAGCCAUCGCCCCUGCUGAAGAGGCGGUGCUUGUCACCACUCCCGACAUCACGGCACUCCGUGAUGCAGACCGCGUCGCGGGGCUGCUGGAGUGCGACGGAAUCAAGGACAUCAAGAUCAUCGUGAACAGAGUGCGGCCAGACCUGGUGAGGGGGGAGGACAUGAUGUCAGCGCUCGACGUGCAAGAAAUGCUGGGGUUGCCUUUGCUAGGUGUGGUGCCAGAAGAUUCAGAGGUGAUCCGCAGCACAAACAGGGGCGUGCCGUUGGUGUUGACGGACCCGCCCACGCCCGCGGGCCUCGCCCUGGAGCAGGCGACGUGGCGUCUGGUGGAGCGGGACGCGAUGACGGCCGUCAUGGUCGAGGAGCAGGAGCGGCCCAAGAAGAAGGGCGGCUUCUUCUCCUUCUUCGGCGGGUGAAGCCUGAGCUGAGUCGAGCCGCCGGUGACGUACGUGGUGUGUAUAGAGCUGCGAUUUGGAGCUGCUUAGUCGUUUUUCGGUUUGUUUUGCUCUUGUUUUCCCUAGCGUAGCACGAUUCAUUCGGUGUGCUUGAUUCCACAGACAGACGGUCUUUUCUUUGUUCUUCCAAAUUCACGCUGAACAUUAGCAGAGUAAAUGUAUGUAGUUUUGUGGUUGA